AUGACAAGUCAGCAAACAACUACAUUAACUUCUACUUUUUCUGGAACUCCACAUUUAUCUAAUGAUCAGGAGGAACGUCUUCUUAAGAAACGUUUAAUGGAUCAAAAAACUAAAGAUUCUAAAGGUGAAGAAAAAGAUGAAAAAGGUAAUUUAACAAAAUUAAAUAAUGUAAUGACUAAACUUAUGAGUUAUAAUUGGACAUUUUUGGAUUUUGUAAUUAUAUCAUAUUUUGGUAUUUCGGCAUUAUCAUUUGCCAGAGCAUUCUCAUCGUUUAUGCUUAUGUUACCACAUUCUCAUGGAAUAUUUCAUAUAUUUACAGGAAUUUAUUGGUUUAUCUGUAUCUAUCCAACAUACAAAUUUUUUACAAAUCUAAAUGUUCGAGGUGCUGUUUUGGUACACAGUUACAUAAAUCUUAUUGCUGGUGGAACGAUUCUUUGUGUUAUUGGUAUGACAUUUUGGACCAGUAGAUAUAUUGUUGCAUCAUAUUAUUUAUUUUACAUUAGUUUAUUAUUCCAAUCAUUUAUUCAAUUCAUGUCAGUUAUUAUUUUAUCAUUAUUUCCAUUUAAAGUAAUUAGAACAGUAGCAUUUGGUAAACUUUCAGCAAAAUAUUCAAUGAAAUUUAGUGAAGCAAUUGUAAAUAGCACAAUAAAAACUUACAAAAAUGCAACAAAUUAUCUUGAUACAAAAUUAACAUAA